AUGCCCGUAGUCCGUUUUAUUGCAGACGGGAUCGUGUUCACGGACUGGGGCUUGCUCGCCACCGGAAAUGCCUUUCACAGGCGUCAUAUCGAUGGUGGAGGGUGUGGUACUGAGGUGGCGGUGGUAGCUGGGACAAAGGUUUGGAUUGUGUCUCAUCCUAAAUCUCCGGCAUACUGGGGGAGGUGGUUUGGGGGGGACUUUGAUGAGGUGCAAGAGAGCAAGGAUUGGGGUGAAUAUAGCUUCCUGUUGAAACCGGGAGACAGAAUCAUUAUGGGCCCAUGUUCCCCGCAUACUGUCUUGACCAUUGACCCAUCGAUUGCCGUUGGGGGUCAUUACAGGUUCGCUAAGUCGAUGGACAAGACUUGUUGCGGCAUUUGUCAAGCGUUCGUAGCCGACUCAAACUUCACGAAUGCAGCCCACGUUGAUGCGACCAGGGUGAUGGUCUGCGUUCUGGUUUUCUUGGUGGAGAAGCUGAGUGGACCCGAUAUCGAUUGGGAGGAUCAAUCCAAAACAAUACAUCUGUUAGACCCAUACGAGCCAGCGCAGUUUCUCAUUCUAUUGAUGGUGACAAAUGUAGUGCGCUUGGCGAGGGUGCUUGACCCGAGGACCUACGACAAGACCCUUCCAAGAGAUGUAGCGCGUGCUUAUGGAGUAGGGGAGGCAUACGCUAAUAGGCUUUUGAGUUGGCUGGCAACAAAUGUAGGGCAGCACACAUUGGGAGAAACGGAGCAAAGCUGCACGGAAAUUGCACGUCGUCAUUUAGUGCAAAUGGCACGUGCGCUCGUAGUAUUCAGACAUCACGCGGAGGAAGAAGGGAUCGAGGGCGCAAACAGUAGUAUAACUACUGAGAGUGUGCGGGGUGCAAUUGAGGAGGAGAGCUUUGCAGAAACAGAUUGGUUCAAGGAGCAGUGGCCAGGAGAUGAUGACGAAUGGGACGAGCUAUGGACAACAACGCAGAGCUUUAUUUAUAUGGGAUAG